GAAAUAGAAGGCUGCACGCGAUAAAACGGUGCCUUCGGUGCAAACCAAUAGCGAGUGACUUGUUACAGAGUAGCUGGCUUCCAGAAAGUUCACUUUCCUUUUUUUCCCUUCUUCUUCUUCUUCUCUCGGAUCCACAUCGAGAGAGAAAAGAAAUAUAAAGGCAUCACUGUACCGUGCAUGCACGCUGUCCUUAAUAAUAAACACUGACGUGUGAUCUAUAAAGUCUCGAGCGCAGGCUUUAUUCAUGAUGCCAGUAGCAUUUCAGCAGGUUUGGCGUACGCACGUUUAAUAUUCUCAGAAAGUUGCGUUGGAUCGGGAUCUGCUGUACAGGUCUGCCGACUGCUUGAGACUCGCCAUCAGUUUCCUGGCACGUAGUUUUUUUCCCCUCGGUGCAAAGAUAAAAGAUGUUGCUGAAAGUGGGAGGGAUGCGUGCCGCUCUGGGUGUGUUAGCGGUGCGCAGGGCCUGCUGUCUGUCUCGCUACACUCAUACGGCAUCACAGCCGCUGGAGUACAAGCCGAUUAAAAAAGUCAUGGUGGCCAACAGAGGAGAGAUCGCGAUCCGGGUUUUCCGGGCGUGUACAGAGCUGGGCAUCCGGACGGUGGCUGUGUACUCGGAGCAGGACACUGGUCAGAUGCACAGGCAGAAGGCAGACGAGGCCUACCUCAUAGGAAAGGGUCUGCCACCUGUAGCUGCUUAUCUCCACAUACCUGACAUCAUCAAAGUGGCCAAGGAGAAUGACGUGGACGCUAUCCACCCAGGCUACGGCUUUCUGUCCGAGAGGGCCGAUUUUGCUCAGGCGUGUUCCGACGCUGGGGUUCGCUUCAUCGGUCCUUCACCUGAGGUCGUCCGUAAGAUGGGUGACAAGGUGGAGGCCCGUGCCAUUGCGAUCCGUGCUGGUGUGCCGGUGGUGCCUGGAACAGAUGCUCCGAUUUCCUCCUUGCAGGAAGCGCAGGAGUUCUCCAACACGUAUGGUUUCCCGAUCAUUUUCAAGGCGGCGUACGGGGGCGGGGGCCGCGGCAUGCGGGUGGUGCGGGAGUACGAGGAGCUUGAAGAAAACUACCAGCGGGCCUACUCUGAAGCCCUGGCUGCCUUUGGCAAUGGAGCCCUGUUUGUGGAGAAAUUCAUUGAGAAGCCGAGGCACAUUGAAGUGCAAAUCCUGGGUGAUAAGUACGGGAACGUGAUUCACCUGUACGAGAGGGACUGCUCUAUCCAGAGGAGACACCAGAAAGUGGUGGAGAUCGCUCCAGCCUCUCAGUUAGACCCGCACCUCAGAGACAGACUCACCGCAGACUCGGUCAACUUGGCCAAACAGGUUGGCUAUGAGAACGCUGGCACAGUCGAGUUCCUGGUGGAUAAGAAUGGAAAGCACUACUUCAUCGAGGUGAACUCUCGUCUCCAGGUGGAGCAUACGGUUACUGAGGAGAUCACGGACGUGGACUUGGUGCAUGCUCAGCUGAGGGUGUGUGAAGGCCGUAGCCUGCCCGAGCUUGGGCUGAAGCAGGAUAAAAUCAAGAUCAAUGGUACGGCUAUCCAGUGUCGUGUGACCACUGAGGACCCUGCACGAGGCUUCCAGCCAGACACAGGAAGACUAGAGGUUUUCCGCAGCGGUGAAGGGAUGGGCAUUCGCCUAGACAGCGCCUCAGCUUUCCAGGGCGCCGUGAUCUCCCCACACUAUGAUUCUCUCCUGGUUAAAGUCAUUGCCAGCGGUAAGGACCUUCCUGCCGCCUCUGCCAAAAUGAACCGGGCCCUUGCAGAGUUCCGCGUGCGUGGGGUCAAGACAAAUAUCCCAUUCCUCCAGAACGUCUUGAAUAACGACCAGUUUCUUUACGGCACCGUGGACACGCAGUUCAUCGACGAGAACCAGGACCUUUUCAACCUCAAACCUGUUCAGAACCGAGCCCAGAAACUCCUACAUUAUCUGGGUCAUGUCAUGGUGAAUGGACCAACGACUCCCAUCCCCGUAAAGGCUAAGCCUUCCUCCAUUGAUCCAGUCGUCCCAUCGGUGCCUCUCGGAUCUCCUCCAACGGGUUUUAGAGAUGUCUUGCUGAAAGAAGGCCCUGAAGGCUUUGCCAAAGCGGUGCGCUCACACAAAGGUCUGCUUUUGAUGGACACGACCUUCAGAGAUGCCCACCAGUCUCUCCUGGCCACUCGGGUGCGCACUCAUGACCUUAAAAAGAUUUCACCUUUCGUGGCUCACAACUUCAGCAGCCUCUUCAGCCUGGAAAACUGGGGAGGUGCUACAUUUGAUGUGGCAAUGCGCUUCUUAUGCGAGUGUCCUUGGAAGAGGUUGCAGGAGCUCCGUUCCCUCAUCCCCAAUGUUCCCUUCCAGAUGCUUCUGAGAGGAGCCAACGCUGUGGGAUACACAAACUACCCCGACAAUGCAGUCUACAAGUUCUGCGAAGUGGCCAAAGAGAACGGCAUGGACAUCUUCCGUGUCUUUGACUCUCUGAACUACCUUCCCAACAUGCUGCUGGGGAUGGAGGCGGCCGGGGCAGCGGGGGGUGUGGUGGAAGCGGCCAUCUCUUACACGGGCGACGUCUCUGACCCCAUGAGACAGAAAUACUCGCUGGAUUACUAUAUGAAGCUGGCUGAAGAACUCGUGAAGGCUGGAACGCAUAUACUUUGCAUAAAGGAUAUGGCCGGGUUGCUGAAACCAGAAGCAAGCCGCUUGCUGGUUGGUGCACUGAGGGACCGUUUUCCGGACACGCCCAUUCACGUGCACACUCACGACACGGCGGGCGCCGGUGUGGCAGCCAUGUUGGCGUGUGCGGAAGCCGGAGCUGACAUCGUGGACGUCGCAGUGGACUCCAUGGCUGGCAUGACCUCCCAGCCCAGCAUGGGCGCCAUCGUCGCCUGCACCAAGGGAAACAAACACGACACAGGCAUAUCUCUGGAUAAGGUCUUUGACUACAGUGAGUACUGGGAAGUGGCCCGUGGUCUCUACGCUCCAUUUGACUGCACGGCCACUAUGAAAUCCGGGAAUGCUGACGUUUACGAGAACGAGAUCCCGGGAGGCCAGUACACCAACCUGCACUUUCAGGCUCACAGCAUGGGCCUAGGCAACAAGUUCAAGGAGGUGAAGAAAGCCUAUGCUGAGGCCAACAAACUGCUGGGAGACCUCAUCAAGGUGACUCCCUCUUCAAAGAUUGUGGGAGACCUGGCGCAGUUCAUGGUGCAGAACUCCCUGACACGGGCCGAGGUGGAAGAGCGGGCCGACGAGCUCUCCUUCCCUCUCUCGGUGGUGGAGUUCCUGCAGGGCCACAUCGGCAUCCCUCAUGGAGGCUUCCCGGAGCCGUUCAGGUCUAAGGUGUUGAAAUCGCUGCCUCGUAUAGAGGGUCGUCCAGGUGCUUCGCUUCCCGAGAUGGACUUCAAGGCUUUGGAGAAGAGGCUGCAUGAGUCGCACGGUGAUGACAUCACCCCAGAGGACGUGAUGUCUGCAGCCAUGUACCCCAAAGUGUUCCAGGAGUUCAAGGAGUUCACCACCAACUUCGGACCUGUCGACUGCCUCAACACACGCCUCUUCCUCGAUGGGCCAAAGAUCGCAGAGGAAUUUGAGGUGGAGCUCGAGAGAGGGAAGAUUCUUCAUAUUAAAGCUCUGGCACUAGGGGAUCUAAAUAAAGCCGGUCAGAGAGAGGUCUUCUUCGAGCUCAAUGGUCAGCUGAGAUCUGUUCUGGUCAAAGACACCGUGGCCCUAAAGGAGAUGCACUUCCACCCAAAGGCUCUGAAGGAUGUGCGGGGCCAGGUGGGAGCACCAAUGCCAGGGAAAGUGGUGGAGGUCAAGGUCAAAGAGGGCCAGAAGGUGGAAAAAGGCCAGCCUCUGUGCGUCCUCAGCGCCAUGAAGAUGGAGACGGUGGUGAACUCGCCGCUUUCUGGCACCGUGGCUAAAGUUUACGUCAAAGUCGACAGCACCCUGGAAGGAGACGACCUCAUUCUGGAGAUCACAGAGUAAAGCGAGCCACAUCACGAGGCUUCCAGGACACAGCUCUGAAAAUUGUUAUCAGCUCCUGUAUGGGGCUGUACACAAGCACAAACACACACACACACACACACACACACACACAAACAGAAGCGCACACACAUUUUGAAGCAGAUGUAUGCACAGAUUUUGGAACUGACAGAGGGAGGGAGGGAGUUCAAUAUUUAGUCUUAAAUGAUCUACACAUAGUUAUUUCCUAAUGUAUCCGGAAAUUAGUGUUUGUGCACUGGGUGUCGGAAGAGUUCUUGUUUUCGUGUCAUCUGAAUCUAUUUUACAUAAUCACCUGUCAUGUGUAAUCACCAGAGCUAAUGAUCCAUGAGCUGGAAACUAGUGUUACAUUAACAUUGAGUGUCUCGGUUAAUGUUGAUGUCAUUAUGUCUUAGAAAUAUGUAGAAAUAGGAUUGUGGCAGUAAAAAGAUUUCUAAUUAAGAAGAAAAUCAUGCAAUAAAUGAAAAUGGUGACAAUUAUGAGUAGACACAAAUUUGCAGAAAAAUAAAUCUAUAAAUAGCAGCUAAUUUCUUGUACCGUAACCUUUUAGGUGUUGCCUUUAAUCCUGAAUAAACCAAAAGAGAAAUGAGAAGAAAAGUGCCCAUGUGACCUGUACCUUAGCUUUCUACCUUUUUCUGUUCAGUUGAGAUCAUUUCAGAAUUUUUAAUUGUUAGGUAAAGUCCGUACAUAAAGUAAAAUAGUAUUGUCAUAGUGAAUGUGUAUGGCCCUUUUGUAGCACUGAGAGCUCUGACUAAUGCAUUCUGGGUAAACCGCAGUAGAGUUAAAGGGUUGGCUGGCUGGCCACUGAUGCAUUCUUGGCUGAGUUUCAAUUAUCACAAUGAGCAUUGAUGGUGAGAUGAGGUCCACUGAAACCCUGGAGUCUCAGAGCUGCUGGAGAAUGCAGAGUUAGCAGGAAGCUUGUUCCUUGACGCUGAUCUUGAAUUAUUGUUCCAAUUUGCCCCUGAAUGUGAAUAUCACACCAGUCCUGUUACAUUCCUCCUGGGAUCAGGCACACUAUGUUUCAGCCUUCAGAGAUCCUUUCCUUCCCUUCCCUUCCCUUCCCACAGCACUGCUACUUUCCUUCAUCUUCCCUUCACCUUUCCUUUCCUUCACCUUCCCUUUUCUUUCUUCUCCUCAUUACAGCACUGCCCCUUCCCUUCCCUUCUGUUCCUUUCCCUUUCCUCACUACAGCACUGCCACUGGAGGUUUCUCAAUUGAAGUGUUAUCUUUUUGUAGCUGGAAAUCAAAUGUGAGGUUUGCAAGAGGCGUCUAUGGAGAGCACUCAACACCGAGCGUUCAUACACUUGAAUAGUGGCGAAUUGGUAAUCCAUUAGGCAACACCUGGAGUGCCUCAGCUUCGGCUGUGGAGUACUGUUAAAUUGGGGACUAACGUUUGAUCACUAUUGCUGUCUUUUAACCUCUUAACAUCAACAUCUCAAAACAGUUAAAGAGGUCUGGUGUAACCAUGUUAACCAGGCUAAUUUUAGAUACAACUCGCAUGCUAAAACUGUAAAUUGAUGAUAUUAGAGAACUGGAAAAUCCUUGUCAUGCCGUGCAUUAGUGAAAAGUAAACUGGAAUGGCUGCUCAAGAGAUUUUUGACCUGAUGUUCCCUUCAGAGCAUCUGCAGUAUAUGUGAAAUAGUUACAGAGAAGAAUUUUUUUUUACAACAGUGAGGAAUCAACCGCAAAACCCAUUUACUGAAACUCCUAGGUGGAGUCUAAGGGCAGUUGUUAAAAUCUAUCAAACAGUAAUAAGAGUGCAACACAACAACCAUUACACCAGCAAUAAAGGUGCAAUUAUCAGACAGGUAUGAGAAUUGAUAUAGCUUCUACAGCUUCUGUUUACUUUUUAAUUUCCUGAAGAUUUGUGGUAUCCAUAAGCAGUCUGGCAGAAAGCAAAAAAAUUCUGAGAUGCUACAAACUUUUUUUUCUUAUCUUAGUAGAGCAAUGGGAAGUUUCUUACUGUUGUUUUGUCAGAAAUUGAGGUAUUUGGACAGCUUGCUCAGCUCCCGGGUCACCAGUUCAAUCUGAAGCUUAGGGUACUGUCUGUGUGGAAUUCCACAUGUUCUCCUGUUCACUGGUUUCCUCUGGGGUCACUGGUUUCUUUCCACCUACCAAAUCCAUGCUAUCAGGUGGUUUGGCUGUUCUUAACUGCCCUUAGGUGUUGAAUUUGUGAGUGUAUGGUGUCCUGCCACUCAUUAAUAAUGUAUUCCUGCUUCAUCUGAUUCCCGGGAAAGGCUCUGGAUCUACCCUGAGCCUGACCAGGAUAAAGCGCUUUCUGAAGAUGAAUGAUUGACUUCUUACAUCUAAAAAAACGAUUUAUACCAAGUUUGUACUGAAGAUAGAUUCUUUUAAACGGUGAUUUACUGCCCCAACAGCUACCCUUAGACUCUCGUUAGUAUUUAGGUCAUAAUCUGUUUUCUCAGUACAGAGAAACAGAUCAAAGUGUUUUGUUUGUAAGUCUGUAAGACAUGAUAAGAAAUGGGUCCAUGAAUUCUGACCCUACUGUCUGUAUUCCUCAGCAGAAUUUGAAAUUCAUCAGACCAGGCUUUGUUUUUCCGGUCUUCGGUCAGUAGCUGCAGUCCUCUCUCUCAUCUCUCCUACCUGUUUACUAGUCGUACUGACAUCCACUGUGUUCCACAGCGUUCUAUAUAUUUCUAGUUCUGUCCAUCACAGUUUGCAUACUACAAUGUUCCUGAGGUGAAGAAAGGCUCUGAACUUCUCAAUGCCACCACUAUUCACUUGUAUUUGGUCUUCCUUGUGGCAUAAACUCGUUUUUCCUCAACAGGUUUAACGAAAAGAAAUAUAAUGUUUUACUGACAUGUAACAAGUUUUACUAAACAACUAUUGUUUACUUCCUGGUAGAUGAGGGUCUUACAAAUGGAACAAUUACGUUUCCUGCACUUAUUUCAAGUAAUGAGAUUCAUUAUGCUAAAUUUGUAGGCAUGUACGCAUUAAUAAUUGGGAUCCUGCUGCAGAGAAAUGGAAUUAAUCUUACAGAUGUGUUCGGAAUGAUAGAUUUAAUAGUUUGUUAUCUUGAUGUGCAUUCAUUUCCCUUCCAUAUGUGAUGUUAAUGAUUUGUAAGCGUUUAUGCAAAUACUAAUUCAUCAUAAACUUUUGGUCCAUCUUGGAAAAUAAAAGACUGAUAUAAAAUAAAAUAAAAAAAAAAGGAUAACA